CUAAUACAUCAUCAAGACAAACCAAGGAAUCUGAAAAACAAACAAUAUACUUGUCAUUUAACUUAGCAAGAAGAUGGUUUUUGGCAAAAACACGACACAAAUCCAUCCACUUCUCAAUUGAAAAAAGUACACCUAUAGGGUAAACAACCCUCACUAGUCACCACCUACUUACAAAACCAGCCACACACAAGGCCAGCAAGGGUGCCAAAAAAACUCAAGGAAGGGCAACAAACAACCACCCAAGAUUAAAAAAAAAAAAAUAAUAAAAAAAAAAAAAAAAAAAAAAAACUACUGUAAAAGCCAACCAAAUUUAAUAAAAUCAAACUUUAAUUAACAAAGCAAAGUAGAACGAUAGAACCUUUGAUCUAACAAAUUUACUUUUCACUCAAUACCAUCAUCAAAUCACCUCCCCAAAAUUUCAUUAACGAUCUUUUCAGAUUAUUUGACAUUUCCUCAAACAAAGGUGGAAGAGAGAGAAAUUGUGUUGUGAAGAAAGAGAGCAGAAACAAUGAUCGGAGUAGGGAAGAUCAAGCAAUACUCAAAUGUUCUCGACAAACCCUUAAGCAAGGGAAAACAAGAGGUUAGCUUAAGUGCUUUUGCGUUCUUGUUUUCGGAGCUUGUACAAUAUAAUCAGACUCAGGUUGAUAAUAUUGCCGAACUCGAACGAAGGCUAGAAGAUGCUGGCUAUUCUGUUGGAGCACGAGUUCUUGAACUUCUUUGCCAUAGGGAUAAGGGUAACAGAAGGGAGACACGCUUGCUUGGUAUUCUAUCUUUUGUACACAGCACUGUGUGGAAGGUGUUGUUUGGAAAGGUUGCUGAUUCACUUGAAAAGGGCACUGAACAUGAAGAUGAAUAUAUGAUCAGUGAGAAAGAGCUCCUUGUGAACAGGUUUAUAUCAAUACCAAAAGAUAUGGGAACUUUCAACUGUGGUGCAUUUGUUGCUGGAAUAGUGCGGGGUGUCUUGGAUAGUGCAGGUUUUCCAGCUGUUGUGACUGCUCAUUUUGUUCCAGUGGAGGGGCAGUUGCGGCCAAGGACGACCAUAUUGAUAAAGUUUGCUGAAGAGGUGCUUAGAAGGGAAGCAAGAUUAGGUUGAUUUCUGUUAAGGUUACAGGUUAAGGGGCAGGUGAAGUAUCCUGUCCAGUUGAUCCAUCUUCUCUAUAAGUCGCAUGCGUAGUUGGCUUCCUAGUGUUUCAAGGAGGUUUACAUUCUUUUCAUUGCACUCCUGAUGUUUAAGCAGAAGCAUAUUUAGUUUUCUUACUACAUCUAGUGCAAUAUGUUUUUCAUGGAAGACCUCAUCUGUAGGCAGAUUAAUGGAUUGUCAUUUGUCAGAGUAGCUUCUGUUUUUGAGAAGCUAUUUAAGGGAUGAUACAUUUGGCAAAAGUUGACUGUAAUUUACGACGUAACAGAAAUUUGGUUAUUAUGUCAAAUAGAACAUAUUUGACAACAGGGCUAUAUGGAGAGAAGAAUGAAGUGUUGUGCAUCUUUAAAUGGAAAGUGAGGGAGGCUUUGUUGCUCAUCUUUAUUUUGCAGUACAUAUUGCUUAGGAACAAUUCCAGAUGGAAAUUGGUUCAUCUGGUUCAAGUUUGUAUCGUAUUUGGUCAAAUCAGAUAUAUUGUCGAGUAGUUUAGUCUUUUUGA